AUGGGGCAAACAGAUAUAGCCCUCAUACAGGAACCUUGGAUCCACAAGGAACGUGUAGGAGGGCUAAACACGGGGUGUGGCUCACUCUACUAUGAUGCCACAUCCACAAGGCCCAGGGCCUGUAUCUUCGUUAAAAAGGAGAUAGCGGCCCUGAAACUCAAUGAAUUUUGUACAACUGAUCUUUCAGCGGUUAAGGUUAAACGUAACCUCGGGGGGAAUACGUCAGAGCUGGUGGUAUGCUCGGCGUACCUGCUGUACGACUCUGAGGACCCUCCACCCACGAGGGAACUCAGGGCCCUGAUAGAUCACUGUGCUGUCAAUGGUCUGCACCUGGUGAUCGGCUGCGAUACCAACUCGCACCACACCGUAUGGGGCAGCACUAAUACCAACGGUAGAGUCACAGCUCUGCUGGAAUACCUCGCCACCACGGGUCUGGAGAUCCUUAACAUAGGCUCCUCCCCCACCUUUGUCACCUCCCGUAGACAGGAGGUGAUUGAUUUGACCCUGGGCUCCGCCAAGGUGACACAGGUCAUUAAACACUGGAAGGUACGGGACGAGAGCAUACUCGAGACUUACAGGAACCCAAAGGCCACCAACUGA